AGUCAUUUCCCCAGCUUUCAGCAUCUUCGUUUGCUUUUACAUUUCCCAUCUCCUUUUCAUUUUUCACACCCUCUUUGGGCCAUCGAAUUUAUCUAUCUUAUAUUCACACUCUCUAUCUGGGAAUCCACCCACCUAUCUCUCCUUAUCAAGUCGGCGAUCUCGAGUCUCUACAGCACGGGCGAUAGUCGGACACCGAACUAUUAGCCAAGGCAUGAUCUUGUCGUCCUGGUCUCCGCUGCUCUUGAUUCUUCAGGGCAGCAACUCUUGACUCUGGACGUCUCGCUCGGCCUUCUCCUGAAAGCUCUAGUCGCAUCGCAUCGAUCAUGGAUGGAUUAGGCCCUGAAGUACACCCCAGACCUACCUCCCCACCACCUGCUGGUCCAUUUGGCUACGCCUUCCUCUCCCCGAUGGACGCUCCUUUCGAACAGGCUCCGGCCGUGCCUUCGGGCCUCCCGCUGCUUGAUGAUAAUGAAUCCAAUAUGCUCGAUAGCUUUUUCACUACGAUGAAUUCCAACAACUUUACAAAUGAUUUCUGGUUUCGAAGUCAACAAAAUAAACCCUCUGGUCUCAACUUCGACUGGACCGACGAACUCCCACCCACCUUCGAAGGCUCAACCACUUCGCUGUCGCAACCAUCCUUCCCCCCACAAAACCUCAAAAUGAACUUGAUGAACGGCAGCGCUGCUGGUCCCGACAUUUAUGCGGCAGCUUCGAUGCUCUACCAUAAUAACAUGAAUGGGACCGAUCUCGGUUCUGCCCUGGCCCAGCAAGCAUUCGUGGGCCAGCCCAUCAACAUGAACGGUGUCCACGGUCGGCGCGAUUCUCAGCAUAUGGCUCCCGCACAAGCUUCCGGCUCCUCACCCUCACGGCCUCGGAUUCCUACGGGAUUUCACACUUCUGAGAUGCUCUUUGACGUGCGCGACCCGAUUCCCGAAGACCAACAUCCGUCUCGCAAGACUCGCGGUUUGCACUGGGGUUCCGACGGCAGCUUCAUGGACCAAGGCUACGUGGCACCUCCUGACCAGCCAGAUAUGGAGACUCGCACGAGAGAUUUAUUAGAACAUCUGGACUGCUUUGAGCCGCAGGAUAGUGCAGCCAACACUCGGGCUCCCAGCCCCGAACGUAUGGCUGGUAACCAUGGUCAACGCACCGCCUUCCGCCAGGCCGAUGAAGAUGAGAGCUCGCAACCCCGCAAACGACAGCGUGUCGUCAAGGCAAGCAGUGAGCAAUACUCCGAUGACGAGGAUUCAAGGUCGAUGUCCAGGAAAUCCCGCACCCCCAGCAUCGCCAAGGGCCGACGCUCAUCAUCGGACACAUCUCGAAAGGCGAGAGUCACCCCGACAGCCAAGGCUCCUCGCGAGAACCUCUCCGAAGAGCAGAAGAGAACCAACCACAUUCUCUCUGAACAAAAGCGGCGUAAUCUCAUCCGUCAAGGCUUCGAUGAUCUCUGCUCGCUAGUCCCCGGCCUUCGAGGCGGUGGCUUCAGCAAAAGUGCCAUGCUCACUCAGGCCGCGGACUGGCUCGAGGAUCUCCUUCGUGGCAAUGAACUCCUACAGAGCCAGUUGACCGAUAUGAAAACGAUUAACGGCCUUGUAAUGCCUCGAUGAGAUAUAUGCCUUUGUGAUGUGACCAUGAUUUAUUCUCUUGUUUUUCGUUCACCGAGAAUGUUGACGCAUUUGUUUUGUUCUCGGGCACUCCAAGCGGUUCAGCGGCUAGGUGGCUUCGGGUCCCUCAAACUGGCGAGUGGGCGUUUGUUGUUAAUAUGAUACCAAUUUUGUUUGUAUGUGGGGGAGGCUUUUUGUGAUGAUUGUUAGUCCUCGGAGAUGUUAUCAGAUAUGUCCGCAUCCUGGUGGUCGGUUUUAUGUGCUCA